GUCAACGGCUCUUUGUAGUAAAAACAACAGGGUUCAACUUAACGUUAAGCUAGCAGCUCCGAGGCCCUCGACACACUCGACCCAGGUGAUUAGGGACCAGUUCAACCAGCAGACAGCCAGCUAACCAUUAACCACCUGCUGCUGUGCAGCCAGCUGCUUCAUCUCUGCUGUCGCUUUUCAAACACAGGGCUGCUGUGUUUGAGGGACGACCUGAAGCACAGUGACACCUGUCGGAUCAGGUGUCAAGACUGAGAUCUAAGCUGCCAAUACACACACAGACUUGAUGACAGAGGCAGAACCAAUAUGCGGAGUUUUGGAUAUUUAAAAUACAGUUUACAGUCUGUAAGUGCAGCCAGUGAAUCCCCCGACACUCACUCCUCAUCCUGGCCACACUUCUGUUCCUGUAUGAGUGCGAGAACACCCUCCCCCCAGCUGCGGUGAACAUAUUGCCAUUGGCUGCCAUCCAGUGCCAGGCUGUGCUGAUUGGCUGGCAUGAACUCUGAGCGCUUACAAUUGGCCCGUUAUCUUCUGCGUGCCCCACCCCCUCCUCCAGCCGGCUGUGGAACAAAGUGGAGCAGUGGACACACAGAGAGGAAGGUGAUGCAAGGCAUCAGGCCACCCAUCAUGAACGGGCCCAUGCACCCGCGCCCCCUGGUGGCGCUGCUGGACGGGCGCGACUGCACCGUGGAGAUGCCCAUACUGAAAGACGUGGCGACGGUGGCCUUCUGUGACGCUCAGUCCACACAGGAGAUCCACGAGAAGGUGCUGAAUGAAGCCGUGGGAGCUCUGAUGUACCACACCAUCACUCUGAUGAGAGAAGACCUGGAAAAGUUUAAAGCCCUGCGCAUCAUCGUCCGCAUCGGCAGCGGCUACGACAACAUCGACAUCAAAUCUGCCGGGGAACUGGGCAUAGCUGUAUGUAAUAUGCCAGCAGCCUCAGUGGAGGAGACGGCGGACUCCACGCUCUGUCACAUCCUCACCCUGUACCGACGCACCACCUGGCUGCACCAGGCUCUCCGGGAGGGCACGCGGGUUCAGAGUGUGGAGCAGAUUCGAGAGGUGGCGUCGGGAGCUGCGAGGAUCAGAGGAGAGACGCUGGGACUUAUAGGGCUCGGUCGAGUGGGCCAGGCGGUCGCCCUGCGAGCCAAGGCCUUCGGCUUCAACGUGAUCUUCUAUGACCCUUAUUUGGCUGACGGGGUAGAGAGAUCCCUGGGACUACAAAGGGUCACCACACUACAGGACCUGCUCUUCCACUCCGACUGUGUAUCUCUGCACUGCAGCCUCAACGAACACAACCACCACCUGAUCAACGACUUCACCAUCAAACAGAUGCGCCAGGGUGCGUUCCUGGUGAACACAGCCAGGGGGGGCCUGGUGGACGAGAAGGCCCUGGCUCAGGCCCUGAAGGAGGGGAGGAUACGUGGAGCUGCACUGGAUGUUCACGAGACAGAACCGUUCAGUUUCAGUCAGGGUCCGCUGAAGGACGCUCCCAACCUGAUCUGCACGCCACAUGCUGCCUGGUACAGCGAACAGGCAUCGCUGGAGAUGAGAGAGGAGGCGGCCAGGGAGAUCCGAAGGGCUAUCACAGGUCGUAUCCCGGACAGUCUAAAGAACUGUGUGAAUAAGGAGUUCCUCACCCAGAACAACCACUGGGCAGGAGUUGACCCGGCGACCGUCCACCCCGAGCUCAACGGGGCUUAUAGGUAUCCUCCCGGAGUGGUGAACCUGCCAGCUGGUGGCCUCCCGCCUCCUGUUGAAGGCAUCGUGCCCAGCGCCGUGCCCCUCUCACACACCCUCCCGCCCCCUGUCGCACACCCUCCCCACGCCCCGUCCCCCGGACAAAACACAGUCAAGCCACCAGAGGGCGACAGAGAGCAACAUCCGAACGACCAACUGUAGCCACAUUCACACACACACACACACACACACACACACACACAUACACACACACGCACACACACACGCUUGUCUGCGUUGUCUGGAUGGCAGCCGUGGUCAAAGCGAUGAGUUCCCUCGUGACAUGUUGUUAUCAGACAGGUUCACAGAGUGUCAGAUUGACAGUUUGAGGUCCCAAUAACAAUCGAUUCACAACUCUCUGGCAACUGGCUCCCAGCAGCCAGCUCACACUCCAAAGAAGAAGAAGAAGAAGAAGAAGAAGAAGAAGAAGACGAUGAUAAAGAGGAUAACGAGGAGGAGUGGACGGCUGUCAGGUGCAAGACAGUCGUCCUCUCUGAAAGACUGUAAAGAUCUACUCUUAUAUCAUCAGAUAACUACAGUAUAGUCAACUUUUCUCUGCCAGAGAUAAAAAAUUAACAAUGACUACCUGUUAAUUUGGGAAGAAAAAAAUGCUGAAUGAAAUUCUGCUGUCUUAGACUUUAGUGUGUCCAAAGUUAGAGGGGCCUGUUUCAUGUCUUUCUCUCUUUUUCUGUGUCCUUUCCUUAGUUCGAUGUACAUGCAAACGUAGUAGGUUAUGAAAUGAAUGUAACCUGUCUGUGUACAGUUUUUAGACUCACGGCAAGAAGAUACUGAUAUUUGUAUUCCAGUCUUAAGAAAAACAAGGGUCGUGAUCUCUCUGUGUAGCCAAACUGGUUUGAGAAUACAAUAUCUGUUUUUGUUUUUUAAUGUGUACCAAGCCCCCCCCCCCAAAAAAAGAGGCAGCUUUUUGCACACCAUCUCAGGAAAUUAAGUUUCCGCGGUUGGUAUAUUAUUUUUAAAACUUUUGGUUUUAAUAAUUCCUUUUGAUGCCACUUAGUGCUUUUGUUUUUCUACCUGCUCGCCUUUUUGUGUCCCGCUACAUUAGAAAACGAACUUUAACGAGAGCUAAAGUUGAUCUAAUGUUUGCUUUUGUUUGUUUUGUUUAAGGGGCAUGUGUUUCUGCUCUUGGGACUUGUGUAAAUGUUUGACCCAAAUCGAGGGGGUUGUGGGAGGAAAGGCUGCAGGGAGGUGGCGUAAUGGUAUGCUCCGCUGGGACUACUUCCUUCCUGGCGGCGAUUAAAAAGUACAAAACAGUGGUUGAGUUAAUUACUUUGAAGGACGAGGCAAUGCACUGACAGUUUGUAGCAACUUGGAGAUUGAGAAACAGUCUCACAACAAGUUGAGAUCUUUGUAAUCUUCAUGUCUAACGAUCCAUUCACUGUCCAGGUCACGGAGCGUGAACAGCUCACCACACCAAGGUUUACAAAUGAUGCACAACAUUGGUGAAUCAGCGUGUCGCUUCAUGCUGCUGUGGAUCUUUCUAAUCAGCCAAAGGACGCCUGAGACUACAUCAACAAACUUUAUAAACCAGUUAUUUAACCGCCCUGCUUCCUGCAAAAACUCACUCGCAAAGAUGUGACAUCCAGUCAGUUUGUUGAAGUUACGUCAAAGAAUUUUUAAUUUUGAUCUGCUCUCAAAUUUACCUUUUCAGACUCAGAAAAUUCUACAUCUGUUUCUUUCUAAAAGCAAACUGAGGUUUUACAGUGUGAGAGACAUGACAGACAACAUAUAUGCACAAUAAAGUACAGAUGUUUCAUGGUAGCGUGUCAGAACCGUACCGAUUUCUCCAGUCUAGCAUCCCUUUAACAUUUCACGCCGGGUCCUUCCUGAGUAUACCAUUCAGCCACCCUCUGUGGCCUCCGUGUCUAUGUGUACAUACGGUGUUCUGCCUGCCUGUGUCAAUGUGAGUUGGUUGUAUCUGUGUCUAAAAAAAGCAGCACUGGGAGGAGGGGUGGCGGCUAGCACUCUCCACAAGGCAUCAUCACAAAGACUGCCAUCUGAAUACACAACCCAAACAAUAUGUGAAAAACUACAAACGCUGAAAAAUCUAAGCUAGCAAACUGAGCCAGUGCUCCUGCUUCUACCGGUGACACGCUCACAGUGUAAACAACAUGCUGGUAUUUUGUUAUAUCAGCAGUCAAGUGUCUGAGACUCGUUCUAUCCGGGGUAUUUAUUCCUAAUUCCACUUCACGCGUUGUUGAUGUUAACGGGUCGGUGCUGUUCGGAUCCCCUUCUACCAGCAGCUGAGUAGUAAAACAGUUCACUGUUGCCUACCUGGUCUUCUUCAUGGUGAGGUAGUAAGAGUAGCAAUCAGGGAUGGAUAUUUCACUAGCCACUGGUGAAUGUUUUACAGCUGAGACCUCACUGUAUCUGAAGGGGUUUGUCUGACGUGACAUUUAUAAAUAUCACCUUCAGACUGAAGCCCCCCAAAUCCUGAAAGGAACGCUGGAAUAUUUUGAACUUGACUCUUAAUCUUUCCUCACCAGAUGCCUGUCGUUGUGUGGAGGAGACACUCUUUGCGAACACUUCCUAAUUUAAACUGUAAGCAUUCCUCACUCAAACCGACGGGUGCCAUGAACAAAAACAGCAGACUAGCUUUCAAAGUGUCAAGGUGCUCCUUGAAAUUCCAUCCCUGGUAGUAACACACAGUCCACUGUUGCCUACCUUGGUCCCCUUUAUGGUAAAGUAGUAGGCGUAGCAAUAUACAGUAUACAUAUUCUAUAUUCUACAGUAAAUAUCAUUAUUUUUGGUCAAAACUGACAACCUGACAAAGAUAUGUUUGUGACUGUAUGCAUUUGUAUGAAUUAUUUUAAAAGGAAAUAAACUGUGGAAAGGUGAA